UCACUUGCAAGAUUGCAAUGGCAGUAGAACGUUCUAAAUUCUAAGUGAUGCCUUAGUAGAGAUAAAAUGACUGAUAUAAAUUUGGUUAGUUUUGCACUUGUUUUUAACGAAAAAUUGCUGAAAAACGAACAAAUAAAAAUAGAUAAAUAUACUUCGCACUCACAACGAAUUCUUAAUUUUAUGCAUAAUUAAUUAUAAGAUGAAAAGAGUAAAGUUGCAGAGAUGAUACUUGAGUCUUAUUUCAUGAGGUUUUCGAACUAUUUAAAUGCCUGAAACCUUUGUGCAAAAAUUGAACAGCAUUGUUGAAUAAAUGGACAUCUACGACUGCCUGCAAGAAUGAAAGGAUCACAAUUAGCUGAAGGAUCGUUGAAUCUAAAGAUGAAUCUUUCAAGCAAAGCUCACUUGAAAUGUAACCGUAUGGGGAUAAUUAAAAUAUUUGAAAUUGUGAUAUAUUUUUUACAAUGAUAUGCUUAGUAACAUUUCUCUAUAUUUUAUACAUGACGGAUACUUAACAAUGGAUAUCGUCGUGGAAGACAUUAUUGAAAAUGUUGACAACAGCACUGAGACUGAGUUCUUGGAAGAGCCUAUGUCAACCAUCGAGGCUGUAACUACUGCACUCAUUUUAAGCAUAAUAAUAUUAGCUACUGUCAUAGGCAACAUUCUCGUCAUUAUGUCUGUUUUUACCUAUCGACCUCUACAAAACGUCCAGAACAUGUUCAUAGUGUCUUUGGCAGUAGCAGAUAUCACAGUGGCCGUUCUGGUGAUGCCUUUAAACGUAGCUUACACACUGAUGGCUCAGUGGAAAUUCGGAUUGUCCGUAUGCAAGAUGUGGUUGACUUGCGAUGUGAUGUGUUGCACAGCUUCCAUUCUGAACUUAUGUGCAAUUGCAUUGGACCGAUACUGGGCCAUUCACGAUCCAAUAAACUAUGCGAGCAAGCGUACUUUAUCGAGGGUCAUGCUGAUGAUAGCAGCUGUUUGGGGAGUAAGUCUCACCAUAUCGGCUCCCCCUCUCGUAGGAUGGAACGAUUGGCCAGAAGAAUUCGCGGAUGAUACACCAUGCAUGCUGACGGAAGAAAAGGCGUACGUUGUCUUCUCGGCAAGCGGUUCGUUUUUUAUUCCCUUAGCAAUUAUGAUGGUCGUUUACAUUAAGAUUUUUGAAGCGGCAAAACAGAGGAUUCGCAGCAAGGCUAAAGCUGCCGCCAAGUUGGCGGCCAUGCGAAAAAGCCCAGAUACAGCCUCGUCGUCGAUACCUCUGAAAUCGAUACAAUCAGAAAUCAGCACAAUAGCUGUCACAGAUGAUUCGACUUCAUCCUCGGCGAAUAACAAAGGUUCAGACGAAAAGAGUGAAAAAGAUCCAGCGAAUAAGGAAGUCGCCACGACAGAAUUCGCCGACAAUCACACUUUAAAGCCACCACCAAUGAAUCCUCGACCUGGUCGAACUUUGGUUCCAGAUGGCAACCCUAGAUUAACUGCUACUGUGAGACACUAUAUGAGAGAGAAGCAAAAAAUAUGCCUUUCCAAGGAGAGGAGAGCCGCCAGAGUAUUAGGAAUCGUUAUGGGCGUAUUCGUUUUGUGUUGGCUACCUUUCUUCUUAAUGUACGUCAUUUUGCCAUUUUGUGAAACCUGUUACGUCUCGUCACGUGUUGUGAACUUCGUCACGUGGCUGGGUUAUGUUAACUCAGCCUUAAACCCAGUAAUAUAUACUGUAUUUAAUAUGGACUUUAGGAAAGCAUUUUUAAUAAUUCUCUGCCGAAGAAGGUAGUCAAAACUGGAAUAAAAUUUUCUUCCGGGCAAUAAUUUCGAACAGUGAUAUUAAAAUGAAGGAAGCAUCCUUCCCGGUCGCUAUAUUCGUUACCUGCUAACUCUUAAAGGACAAUUGUCCGAAUAGUGUAAUUUGAUGUUAUAUGUUUUAUAACAGUUUGCAACUAAUAGAAAUAAUAAGUGCUAUAUCCAUUAUAUGUAUACGUAUAGAUCAGCAAUAAUUACAGCAUGGCACAUUUGAAAAAUAAGAAUUGCCCACGUCAAACAUAUUUUUAAGUUUCUGAUAAAGUUAAAAUAAAUCAUUUGUUAAAAACAACGUAUCUUAAAUCAUUUAUAAUUACAUUAAGCCGCCAAUUAUAGUUAUAGAACGAAUAUGUUAUCUACAGAAAGUUUGUAUAAAUUUUAUAUAAAUUAUAUUUUUUUCACCUUAACUAAAUAUACCUGAGACCUUGCAGAUUCUUAUUUAAUGAUAUUAAGUUGUUUGUGUUACUGUUGAUAGUUAUACAUUUUAUCUUGUUUCUAUUAUAAAUUAUCUCUUGUAAUUCAUAUAUUUUUUUCUUGUUGAAUGUUUACUAUAACUGGUUAUUAAAUAAAAUGAAUGAUAAUUUUGUCUCUUCUUAUUUUAAGAAUAAAUCCGACUAACGAUAAAUGUUUUCAGUUCAUAUUU